CGGGGCUUUUGUUGAUGCGUCUGUCCUCAGAGCAGCAGCAGCAGAACUUUAUCCAGGGAGUCAUUUCACUACAUCUUUGGGUGUGUGUGUGUGUGUGUGGGUGCGUGUGUGUGCGUGUGUGCAUGCGUGUAUGAGUGUCCACAUGUGUAUGAGUGGGUAAGAGCACAAAGAAAAAUCUGGUUAUGGCUGCCAAUAAAAGUAAAAACCAGAGCUCUCUGGCACUGCACAAGGUGAUAAUGGUGGGAAGUGGAGGAGUGGGAAAGUCAGCCCUCACGCUGCAGUUCAUGUAUGAUGAGUUUGUGGAAGACUAUGAACCCACCAAAGCAGACAGCUACAGGAAGAAGGUGGUCCUGGAUGGGGAGGAGGUCCAGAUAGACAUCUUGGACACGGCCGGACAGGAAGACUACGCUGCUAUAAGGGACAACUAUUUUCGCAGUGGGGAGGGCUUUUUGCUGGUCUUCUCCAUCACAGAGCACGAGUCCUUCACUGCCACAGAAGAAUUCAGGGAACAGAUCUUGCGGGUGAAGGCAGAGGAGGACAAGAUUCCUCUCCUGGUGGUCGGGAACAAGUCUGACCUGGAAGAACGCAGACAGGUGUCUGUGGACGAGGCCCGCGGGAAGGCCGAGGAGUGGGGAGUCCAUUAUGUUGAGACGUCGGCUAAAACUAGAGCCAACGUUGACAAGGUAUUCUUUGAUCUGAUGCGGGAAGUACGGGGCAAGAAAAUGUCUGAAAACAAGGACAAAAAUGGAAAAGGAAAGAAUAAGAAGAGUAAGAAGAGUUUCAGAGAGAGGUGCUGUUUACUUUGAGCUCUUCAUGGACCUGAUGCAACUGUGAUUUUUGGGCAACAAAGUAAUGUCUUUGUCAUUUCAAUUAAAUUUGAUUUAACAAUUUUUUUUAUUGUUAUAAAUUAGUCAGAAAAAGAAUAAAGAUAAAUUUGUCACUUUGAAUUAAUGAAAUCUUGACGUCAUUGGAAGAUGACGGCUAUUGUGGCUGUGACUUGGAAUGCAGCGCUUCAUGAGUCGCAGCCAGCUAACGACCAAACUGCCAGUGACACUAACUCUGCUGCUCAAGACAUUUUCCACUGAGUUAUCCCCCUUUAACUUUGGCUCAGUGUGUUUUUGUUUAGUAAACAGGAAUCUCAAUGUCUUUUGACACUUUAAAUCUUAACGUACGUUCUCUUUCUCUUUCAUGGUUCUGUUUGUUUUUUUUUUUGUUUUUUUUUCACAAGUAUUUCCAAUGUUAUAUCUGUAAUCUUUAAUAACACUUGCUGCCCUUCGAACUUGUCUGCUUCAACCAUUGAUCCACUUAGACGCUGGUUGUAGUCAAGUGUGCGUAUCGAGUGGUUGUUAAAGGUUUCAAACAUGUUUUGUUUUUUACUCAUCCAAAUGUUUGACAUUUUUCCUCCUGACCGCAUCCAACUCAUACAGUUCAGUGCAAUCAGAGAAAUUGUUGCCAAACAGGGUUGUUUUACCUGUCAUAUUUAUCUAAUUGAUGUGAUCGGCACAAUUCAGUCAUUUGCAUUCUUCAAAAAUAAAAUCAUUGGCUACUGAAUGUUAUUAAAGUAUGUAUCACUCAUUCUGAUCUGGCAGAGCUUCAUGUAGCUGUUUGAGCUUUUGUUAGUUUGUCAUGUGAUCAAUGGUAUGAUGUAGGCAAAUGAGGAGCAACAAAGGUGCUGCGCUAUCUUGGUAUAAUCUUCUCACAGGACAGGUUCUUCAUCGACUGAUAUCUGUUGAAUUCUAAGAGUUGUUGCUGCCUCUGUUAUGUAACAGCUGUUGACAAUCCAGGACUCCCGGCUUCUGCAUUCUGAUCAACAUCUUAAGUAUAAUUAUGGUUUGUCUUUCUUUAUUUUCAAUAACAUACACUACGUUGCCAAUGCCUAAGAAGUGAGUUGAAUUCACUCUAGAGAUCGUGCCAACAGAAUCACAAAGCCAGCCAUCUACUGUGUAUGGAUAUGCAGUAUGUGUGUUUAACAUUGUGUAUUUAUCAGAAAACUCUACUACCUGUGUUUUUGAGUGAAGCUCGGCUUCAUAACUGAUGUGUAGUCAAGUACUACCGUAAAUGAGAUGUUUCUACCACUGCCUAAAUCAUUCUUUGUAACCUCCUUUUACUGCUUUCUACUGUGCGUAUAGUUGUCUCCCCGCAGCAAGAGAACUGCAGAAUAAAUGUUUUAUCUUUA